AUGGCGUGUCAAAGUCACUCACAGGGUCCUUCAUUCACUUGGUGGAACAAAAGGCAUGGAUUGGCAAAAAAUUUUGCGCGACUGGAUAGGGUGCUUGCUAACCCGGACUGGAGGUCUCAGUCCCCGGAAGCUCUUGUGACAUACCUUCCACGUCUCCACUCGGAUCACUCCCCUUCUCCACUCGGAUCACUCCCCUCGUCUACUCCAAUUGGCUUGCUUGAAGACUUAAUCACAGGUUCUAAAAAUAUGGUGGAGCGUAUCAAAACAUGGAAUCGGGAAAGCUUUGGAAAUUUAUUCGGUCGCAAGAAGCAGCUGAAAGCAAGAAUCCAUGGACUCCAGUGUAUUCCAAUCCAUAACCGCUUCCACCAACUGGAAUUACUUGAAGCACAUCUGCUUGCAGAAUACACCAAAAUUCUGAUACAAGAGGAAAUCUUCUGGUUGCAGAAAUCAAGAGUUCAAUGGCUUCAACACGGUGAUCGCAAUUCACGCUUUUUUCACCUCUCACGGACGCUUGAUGGGUCUUGGGUGUGUGAUGUUUCCCAGAUUAAGGACAUGGUUUGCGCUUAUUUCAAGAUCCUCUUCUCAUUAGAACCUGCGAACCACACUGCUUUGUAG